UCCGUCCAAGACGACAUAGCAUCAUGAAGGAUUUAUCUCUGUCCCUGUUGAGUCGGGGGUGUGGUCGAUUGGUCUCAUCAAACAAAAACAAUGGGAGACCUAACGGACGGCUGGAUGUCUGCUUCACUCCACAGGAUUACUACAUCUGGAAGUCCCAGGAGACUCUUCUGCGUCUAUCCAACAGCGGCCAUCUGCUUGUGGAAUCAGAGUCAACCCUUCCGAAGACUUACAGCACUCGUAGGGGGCCACUUCUACUGUACUCCCAGGACCUAGUUACAGUGGAAACCAGUUAUGAGUCAGGGGCUGGGAACAGGAAGAAGAGGGUGGUCCGGCGGUACAAUAAACAAGUGGAACAGCAGCUGAGCACCCUAAAGGAGCUAACAGCUGCCAUUCUGAGCUACAGUAACAUUCAGUUUACCUCUUCCCGACCAGCUCCACCCCUCUUUCCUCCUCGUUACUUCCCCCCAGUUCCAGACCUUUGUUGUCCCAGUCCUCUGACUAUUGGCCCCACACGAGCACAGCCCAGUCCAGAGUUACAUGUGCAAAUGAACCCACAGUGGCUUCCUGGAGAGGAAAACACUGAACAACUGGAGAAUCAACCUGAAGGCAACAAAAAUGGACAGACAGAUAAAGAGGAAGAGCCAUGCAGCAGGACCAGAGUCAGGCUGGAUCUGUUCCUCCAGAUACAACGUGCCUCCAGAGCUCCAACCCCACAGACAGAGCCUCAGCCGUGGGUACAUUAUGUCGCAAUAAGCCCUGAAGAACCAGUUGAACCUCAGGCUUACUUAGAAAUGAGUCUGCAGCAUUCUGAAAGUUCACAGCAUACUGAAACAAACCACCACAGUACAAGUGGGGAGCUCCAUCAUCCUAAUAUGGACUGUGUCCAUGACAUGGCAGAUGAUCAGGGCUGUUCCAUUCAGACAAACAGUGGGACGACCAGUGAUAAAGUAAACUAUGAAAGAUCAUCAAGUGGGAACAGACAUGGGAGGAUAGUAAGACUAUGUGGAGCAGAGCAGCAGUCAAACACUGAGCCUGAAACAAGUACAACCUCAGGCCUGUUCCUUCCUCCUCUGAAAGUAGGACAUGGACCCUGCUGGGAGAAGACAGACGGUCUGAGACAGGAGAACUUGGACAGUGACGAACAUAGUGCACAAUACCUACCUCCCAUAGCACAGUGCAGCACUGUUGACCCUGCACAAGUGAUCCAGCAUCAAACUCAGCAGCAUGCCCAACCACGGGCGGAGAAAGAUGGGUUUCAACCCAAAGAAAAUCUGAAUAGACCCCAUCAGCAUCCUGUUUUUCUACCUCUGCUGUUUCCUGAGAAGGCAGAAGAGAUAAGUGGGAAGCUGAGAGGAGGAAGAGAAAAAACAGAGAGACAGUACCUUAAAAAACAGGCAGCAGACCAGGGAGGAGCAGGAGGGGGAAGUGGAAGGCUACCCUCUGAGAAAGGCUCCAUGAUUCUGCUGGAGCCAGGGAAGGAGCCUCCUCCACCAGUAGGAGUGUUGGGCUGCGUUGCAGGAAGAAAAGGUCCUGGCAAGCAGAGCUCUUUUGCCUUUUUACAGAACCGACUUCUUGACCUCCAGGACCCCUGUGAAACCAGCGAUGCUAACAGAGGUGUGGUUAGGGGUGUUCUACCACUGGAGCUGAGAGAUUUGCAGGAUGGCAAAUCUGUCGGCAGCCUGAUCCUGGGUCCUGAUGGGGAAAUCAUUCAACUGUCACUAUAUGACAACAGCCAGGACCCAUCUCAGGGAUGAUGAUGGCACUCAGCAGCAAGCUCUCCAGGUUUUGUCUACAGAAGGAGAGAAGUUACCUUGGAUCAUUUUGCUGCAGCCUGAGCAUACACAUACAGAGGCAGGGGUGGAACUGAACACAGAUGUUCUUGUGGGGAACAUCCAGCACCAUCAGUUUAUAGACAAGAAAACAGGAAGUCACAUGUCUUUUGGUCAGUUUGGAACAAGGGAGCAUAGCCUCAGCACUGAACAGCUCCCAGAUCUUCAUAGCUUGACAGAGACUAAUGCAUGUUUAGCCCAUCAGCCACACUAACACAGCGGCUGUGACCCAGAAAAAAGCAAAGAGUGCAGAGGCAGUGACGGAAACAUGGAAGAAACAAAAGAAGGAUGCUAAAAACAAUGUUAGGAUGCCUCCACUGAGGGAGUGGGCAGGGAGGGAGGAGCCAAGAGGAGGUGACCCUGAGGAGGAGGAGGUGGAGGAAGAAGAGCUGGCCAAGACAGGACAGACUAGCCAUUUAUCCAGAUCACACCAAUCAGGCCAGCAGAACAUCAGCCCAGCUGAAGCAACAACAGAAGAAGGCUGUGAACAGAAGGAGGAGGAAUAUUAAGAGGAGGGACACUGAGGAAGCUGUUGUAACUACUGGG